UCGAUGACGUUCCUUUUGACAGUGACAAUUGGUAUUCACCGCAUCAAACCGUGACUUUCAUAAAUUGUUUUAGCUAAAUAAUUGUUAAGUUUUUAGUGUAAAUUCAUUAAAUAUGGCGGCAUCUGUAGUGAACGCGUACAGCGACCCUUGCAUUCCUGAAUGGAUGAAUGCUCAGCACAGCACAGGGACUUCGAUCAUGGCGUGCGAGUUCAACGGUGGUGUAGUCAUUGGCGCCGACUCUCGCACUACGACCGGAGCUUACAUUGCCAACAGAGUGACUGACAAGCUCACAAGGAUCACUGAUCAUAUUUACUGCUGCAGAUCUGGAUCGGCGGCUGACACCCAAGCUAUUGCUGAUAUAGUUACUUAUCAUUUGAAUUUCCACAAGAUGGAGCUGGGAGAGCCUCCCCUAGUCCACACUGCUGCAGCUAUAUUCCGUGAACUCUGCUACAAUUACCGUGACUCCUUGGUCGCUGGUAUUCUCGUUGCCGGCUGGGACAAGAAGAAUGGAGGACAAAUCUACUCAGUCCCUAUCGGUGGUAUGGUGCAACGCCAACAAGUUUCCAUUGGUGGGUCCGGUUCAACCUAUGUUUAUGGUUAUGUGGAUGCUAACUUCAAGCCCAACAUGACUAAGGAGGAAGCUAUCAAGUUUGUCACCAACACCUUGACCCUUGCCAUCCUUCGUGACGGCUCAUCCGGAGGUGUUGUGAGGCUUGGAGUCAUCACUGAAGCUGGUGUGGAACGCUCUGUAAUUCUUGGCGACCAGCUACCGAAAUUCUAUGAGGGUUAAAUUGCAUUUGCUCUUUGUACUUUUAUUUUGUAAGUAAUAAAACUUUUGGAAACAAA